AUGACGGACAAGCACGUCACAGAGGAAGUCUCUCAGUGGCUUCAGUCUCGCAUUAAGAGCGAGACAGGUAAGUCGUUGGAAGAAAUUGAAAAGGAUUGGUCCGCGCAGCUCACUGCGAGGCACGAUGAACUCAGGGUCCUUGAGCGCGAGCGCAACACAACCGUAGCGCGCUUCUUCGAAAAAAUGGCCGAGAAAGCUGAAGACCGCGUUUUCCUGGUGUAUGGAGCCGCUGCUGACGAAGGACAAUAUGAGGGUGGGGAACUCUGUGCAGAGUGUUGCACGAGGGUCUUGACCUAUCGUCACGCAGACCAUGCAAGUAACAGCGUUGCGGCCUGGGCGGCCAGACGAGAGAAAAGUAACGGCACACCAUGUGGCUCGUGUAAGAGCAGCAAUUGUAGUCACGCAUCUGCUGACUGUAAACGCAGCACCCCAGUAGCUGCCCUGAUGAUGCACAACAGUCCAGAAUUCGUAGUUGUAUUUUUGGGUCUACUGAAAGCGGGAAUCACAGUGGCUUUACUGCAUCCUCAGCUCCGCGGGAGCCUACUGCGGAGAGCUCUCCAAGAAUCAGAGGCAGAUAUGCUUAUAUGCGAUGACCUUACUCUUAGCUCCAUGAGGACUGCUUGGCUGAAGCCCUCCACUGAGGAAAUUGAUGCGGCAGUUUCUGCGGUCCUACAUGAUGAUGAGGGACAGCCUGGCUCCUAUCCUUGCUCGGUUUUCAUAUGUGGACUUAAAGAUGCAAAAGAGGAUGCGGGAGAGCACAAGCUCCUCCCUCAAGUGCACAGCAUUGUCAAAGAAUUCCUCACUGAGGAUGAAGUGGCUUACCACAAGCAGCACGUUGAACAACAACAUGAUAAGGAGCACAAAUGCAAGCCCUCUGGAUUUCCACUGCUUUUAAAACAACGUCUCCACCACCUGUCAGCACGUUCCAAGGCUGAUGAGCAGAAGCGUGACCACAUGCAUGAACGCGAAUGCCCCGAUAUGGCCCUGCCGUGCUGCUGCCUGUAUACCGCAGAUUUGGAGGGGCACUUACGAGCUACAUGGGUAUCGAACAGCCGUUUUCUGUCCGCUGGUUUGUGCUGGGUGCAUGCCGUGGAUCUGACAGAGUCGGACCGCCUCUUGUUGGGGGUUCAGUUAUGUCACGAGGUGGGGCUCCACGCAUUGGCUGCAGCAAUUUCUUGCAGGGGAGCUCUGCUGCUGCGUUCUCGAUGCAGUCUCCUCUCUCUAUGGCCUGAUGUGAAGGCUCUAGACGCCACCAUCAUCUUCCACACAGGCAUGCUGUGGUCAAGGCUCCUCAAAGCCCACGAACGCUUCAAUGCGGGAGACGAGACACAGCGUUUGGGUUCCUGGGUGGGUCAUCCGCAACUGCGGGCCAGCAUAGGUACGGGCUUGCCUGGGGAAUUGUGGCCUGUGGUCAAAAGCGUCUUCAACAUCCCUCGCAUUCUGGAAUUCUAUUCUCCAAGGAACCUCCAGACGCCUCAGAUCCUCUUCAAUGCUUGGAGCAUACCGGGGGCCUUCGGCUUCGUCCCCGACAACUCCUGGAAUUCUAGAGAGCUUGAACGUAUCGUAAAAUUUGAUGAAGAAAGGGAGGAAAUCUUCAGAGACCCGGUUACGAAGAUGGGGAUGGCAGCCCCCAGGGACGAGAGGACGCUCGUGCAGAGAGGUGAACUGGUAUCGCAAGUGAACCCAGAGCACGGCAUAUGCCUCUUCACAGGAGAAGGGAAAACUGAACAAUACCUGUAUAAAGACUUGCUGAAGUCAAACGAUAUUUGGUGUCGAUCUGGGGACAUUGUAGAGAGAGAUGCAGCAGGUUUUCUCUACCUCUCCAAACGCGUUGGGACUAGCUUUCUUGUGGAUGGUAUGGCGGCGCCGCUGCUAGAUCUGGGGAAGCUUCUUGGACGCCUACCGGGGGUUUUCGGCGCACGUGUGCAGGGCCUUCCCGUCUUUUCAAACAAGGAACGGGAACAGACAAAUCACAACUUAGCCCAAGAAAAUAUCAAAACUCUGCAGGGCGGAUGGCCGAAGACUAUUUUCGAGCUCCUAGAAGCCGGAGAACAAAACCGCAGGGUCAAGUGCCUUCUUGCUUGCAUUCACGUCAAGCUGGGAGCAAAUGAUUCCACAGAAGAGGGUGAACUUGGUGACAAUCGGACUUAUACCUGCUGCCCCCCUAGCAUAGAGAAUAGCCUUAUUGUCAUUGGUAAUGAGGAGGAGGCGAGCGGUUGGAAGAGGGAAGACGGAAAUCAAGCUGGUAACGACGCAGCCAUGAUCACUCUACGCGCUUUUCUGCGAAGGCUCCGAACCAGCAUUGACCGCGGCAUCCAGUUAUCCAUUCGUCCAAAUGUCUUGAAGCUUUGUUUUUCCAUCUGCCAGAGUGGCGACCGGGACCUCAAAAGCAAAAUGUGUACGUGCAAGCCGUGCAAGGCAGGCAACAAAGACGGUGGGUGCAACAAUGGUUGUUGCGGGGACUGUUCUGGCAACGGCUGUCACCGAAAGAGUUUGGAAGACCUGUGCGGCCUCUUAGACAGUGAGGAGAGCGGGAAAAAAGGGUCCUCAUGCAAAGACAGGGGAUGUCACCGCUCCUGGCUUCUCUUUUACGCCGACUCAAAUGGAGAUGCCUUUGUGCCCCUUACAAAGGAAAACUUCAAAGACUUCGUACGUGAGAGCUUCCCAAUGUUCGGUCUCUAA